GUAACGGACCAACGACAGAAACAAUCCGGCUGUCACUGAUUCUCAGCGAUAACUGAUGGAAAUAACGAAGUAGCCACGGAAUGACUUUAUAGAUAUCUAUCCGGUAGCUGCUUUCUGUUCCUAUUUCAUAUUUUUCUCGCGGGUCCUCGGCGCUCGUCGUGUCUGGCAGUUCGCCACACGCAGCAAUAACAAUGGCUUCUGGGUCACCGUCGUCCUCCCCGGACACUGCGACGGGCUCAGGUACAGACCCAGCCCGGCCCGACACGGGGGAGCCUCUCGGUGGAGCCGGCUCGGACUCCGACUCGGACUUGGGUUUGGGGAAGUUCGACUGCAGCGCCAUGGAGAUGGGGGACAGGCUGGAGGAAGAGGACCUGCUGGCGGACUUUGAUUCCGCAGCCGAUCGCGUUCGAGACCUGGUCCAGACCGCCGGCAGAGACCAGCUGCUGUACCUGUACGCCCGGUACAAACAGGUCAAAGUGGGAAAGUGCAAUACACCAAAGCCCGGCUUCUUUGACUUCGAAGGACAGAGGAAAUGGCAAGCCUGGAAGCAGCUGGGAGACAUGGAUGCAGAGCAGGCAAUGCAAGAGUACAUUUCAUGUGUCAAUGUGUUAGACCCUGAAGGCAGCACGAAGGAAAGACAAGGAGCAGAAAGGAGAACAGGCUUCGGAGGAGCAGCAGUCAGCUCCCUAUACCAGGAAGAGAUGAUCAGGGAAGAGGACAAGAACAUCUUUGACUACUGCAGGGACAACAACAUCGACCAUAUCAGUCAGGCCAUCGUUUCCCAGAAAGUGGAGGUCAACGCUAAAGACGAAGAGGGUCGGGCUCUCCUGCACUGGGCCUGUGACAGAGGACACAAGGAGCUGGUGUCUGUAUUACUGCAGCACAAAGCAGACAUCAACAGUCAGGACAAUGAAGGACAAACAGCGCUACAUUAUGCAUCUGCGUGUGAGUUUGCAGAAAUCGUGGAGCUUCUGCUGAGCUCCGGAGCCGAUCCAUCAAUCAAAGACAUGGAGGGCUCUCUCCCUGAGGAGGUCACCGAAUCCAGCGCCAUCUCCUCCCUCCUUCGCCAGCACACUGCUCCCAAAGGCUAGACCCCCUCUACCCACCCACCUCCCAGCUCCCAGCUCCGAGUCUCAUCCCCGUACCGGCCAUCUGACCCAGCAUCCCUUCUUCAUUCCUGAAGAGACUCUGUUCAACCCCAGCAGUUGUAGACCAGGAUUGCAGAGGUUUUAUUUGACUUUAUUUCCAAAUACGUUUGGUGAGUUCAUUUCAUCAACUUAGCUUCUCAGAACUAAGGGUGUAAACAUUAGCCCUCUGAUUUAAAUGAAACACACUGCAUAUAUUUUCAUCCUUUGAAAUAUUAAAUAUUGACCUAAUCUGCCCAGAAGGGUUGGGUGAUAUGAAGUGUCUGUCAGCUGGUCGCGACUUUGCUAACUGGGUUAGCUAUACUUUGAAUUAUCUCUUCUGGUAUGAGACCAUUGCAGCAAUAUUCCAGAUCAUUGAGCAGGACUGCUUAUUGGCAAUGUUACAAUGACACAAGGCAUUGUGGGAACCAAAAUCAGACAUUCCCAUCCACUAAUAAAAUUCCUGGAAAAUCAUUCCUGGAAAAAUUCUGUAUAACAUGAAGAAGAUUUUCUACAUAUCGCCCACCCCUAUAGCGCAGGUCAGACAACCAACCAGACCAGUUAGCCUGGGUCAGCUCUCAACAGGUCCAAUCAUUAUUCAGUUGUGUUAUGUUUCAAGGAAUGCUUUAAUCAUUUGACAUAUAAUAUCAUUAAAGUCUUAAACGAA